CGACUCCGGCCCAAACACGGCCCGUUUUAAUCGUGUUCACCACCUCUCUUGUCGAAGCCGCUGCCAUCGUCGUCGCUUCCAGAGUCGCCGGCGCCGGCGGCGACGUUCUCCCCUGGGUGAGCGCUGCCGUCGCCUUUCGUCCUAGCGAUCCGUGCAAUUCUUACCCGCUCGGAUCUUACGAGCUGCUCGCAGCGAGGCGGGCGGACGUGAGGAUGAUGGGCAGCAACAGCGGCGGCGGCGGUGGAGGCCCCGGCGGGGGCAUGGGUCCGGGCAUGAGCGGGCCUGUGGGUGGCGGAUGUGACGGUCGGCACGACGACGAGGCUGCGCUCACCGAGUUCCUCUCCUCCCUCAUGGAUUACACCCCCACGAUUCCCGACGAGCUGGUGGAGCACUAUCUCGGCCGCAGCGGCUUCCACUGCCCCGACCUCCGCCUAACGAGACUGAUUGCUGUAGCCACCCAGAAGUUCCUUUCGGACGUUGCAAGCGAUUCUCUUCAGCACUGCAAAGCCAGGGUAGCAGCACCUAUCAAAGACAAUAAGAGCAAACAACCUAAGGAUAGACGUCUUGUUUUAACAAUGGAUGAUCUUUCUAAAGCCUUGUGUGAGCAUGGUGUGAACUUGAAACACCCCGAGUACUUCGCAGACAACCCUUCAGCAGGGAUGACUCCUUCAACAAGAGAGGAGUAGAUUUGAUCACGCCAACAUGGACCAAGUGGAACUCGGAAUCAUAAAGGGAGCAUACCAAAUGAAUGGCCAUGUCGGCAUUCUUGCCCAAUUCGAUAUAACAGUGUACUAACAUAACCUCCAAAGUGUGUACUCGAUUGCUGUUCGUGAUGUAUUAUUGACCAUUAGCUUGUGAUACCACCAUCGGUUGCUUCUCUAUUUACUAAGCUGCUAUUAUCUGCCAA